AUGAAGGCUGAUGGGUUUGAUAUUGUGGCUAAUCGUUUGCAUGGAUUUGAGAAUAAGGAUCAAUUGAUAAGGAAAGCCAUGCAGGAGAAAAGGAGAGGACCUCAGAAGGCCAAGCCGACUAAGUGGAAGCAACAGAGCGAGGCUUUUAGGGCUGCUAUUGCAUCGUGUCGAUCUACGGACCCUUAUGAGAGACAAGUGGCUGCUGCUAAGUUUGCAGAGUUGCAAGCUGAACAUGAACGCCAACACAUGGUCAAGUGUCCUCACUGUGGACGGACAUUUCACGAUGAGGCCUCUAAGCGACAUAUUCCCAUUUGCCAGAAGACCUUCGCUACGGGUGGAGGCCGCCUUUUGAAACAUGCGAGUGGUCAUAAGGCACCUCAGCCGGGCAUUAGUGUUGAGUUUACAGUAACUAUUCGUUCAAUCAUAGCAGUCGGUAUAUCACCAACACAAGGGGAGCCUCUCGCUACUGUGGAGUCGUUGCUGCGAGAAGUGUUGAGGCUCGACAAGAGCAUGAGUGGUGUAGACCUGUUGAGAAUACGAGAUAUGUUCGAUGAUGGCAACUCCUUGGAACGCGAGAAGUAUGAAGAGUGCCUUGCUGCGGUGUUCGAGAUGUUGAGGUUGGAGAAAGCAUAUCUGUCCAAGAUGAGAGAGUGUUGCGAGGAACAUGCCUUGCCUAAACCACAGCAUUGGAUUCACGUGAAUGAGAUCAUUGACGGUGUGGAAGGGGAUAUCCAGUGGAAGGAAAAUCAGUUGCUCGAUUUGCCCCUUUGCCCGAAUGUUGACGAUGUUGAGUGCCUUUGGGCGUUGUGGAGCGGCCGACCUUUUUUGGGAGGCCUGUGUAAAAACGUUGAUAGCAAUUGA